AUGAAGAAAUUCUCUCCUUAUGCUUGUUUACUCAAUUUGAGUCUCUUGGCUUUUUUUCCUUAUAGCAAAGCCAGUCAGGCUGAUAAACUUGAUGAGUUGAUUCUGUCUAGGAGCUCACAGAAUCCUCCUAUGACACUUUCUUGGGCAGAGGAAGAUGCAAUGAAAACGCAUUAUUCUGCCAAUGUUGCACCUCAAGAGGGUUUAAGGCAAGCUGACAAGAUUGUUGCAUUGCCUGGCCAGCCCUAUGGGGUGAAUUUUGACCAAUAUGCAGGAUACGUAACAGUUGAUCCAGUGGCCGGAAGAGCACUUUUCUAUUAUUUUGUGGAGUCUCCAUAUAACUCUUCAACUAAACCUUUAGUAUUGUGGCUCAAUGGAGGACCUGGUUGUUCCUCACUGGGGUAUGGGGCCUUCGAGGAGCUGGGACCCUUCAGAGUCAAUUCUGAUGGCAAAACACUAUUUAAUAACAAAUAUGCUUGGAAUGAAGUUGCAAAUGUGCUCUUCUUGGAAUCCCCUGCUGGAGUUGGCUUUUCCUACUCAAACACUACUUCUGACUAUGACCGUACAGGAGAUAAGUCUACUGCCAAGGAUGCCUAUGUCUUCCUCAUAAACUGGUUAGAGAGGUUUCCAGAAUACAAGAGCAGGGAUUUUUACAUAACCGGAGAGAGCUAUGGUGGUCAUUAUGUGCCUCAGCUUGCAUACACCAUUUUGCUAAGCAAUAAAUUGAAUUACCAAACAAUUGUUAAUCUCAAAGGCAUUGCUAUAGGGAAUGCCUGGAUUGAUGAUGCUACAAGUUUAAAGGGAAUAUUUGAUUACUUAUGGGCUCACGCUUUGAACUCAGAUGAAACCCAUGAGGUGAUUGAGAAGUAUUGCGACUUCUCUUCUGAAAAUCUUUCAGCAAUAUGCCUUAAUGCAACAACAAGGGCCAUAACUGAGAAAGGGAGCAUAGAUUUCUAUAACAUCUAUGCUCCCCUGUGUCAUGACACUUCUUUGAAAAAUGGAUCAACUGGUUCUGUAUAUGAUUUUGACCCAUGUUCUGAUUACUACGGGACAGCCUAUCUAAAUAGGCCAGAGGUCCAAUUAGCUCUUCAUGCAAAACCCACAAAUUGGAGCCAUUGCAGUGGUUUUAACUGGACUGACAGCCCCACUACCAUCCUACCCAUCAUCGAGUAUCUCAUUGCCAAUGAUAUUAAAUUGUGGAUAUACAGUGGUGAUAUAGAUGCAAGGGUGCCUGUCACAUCUUCUAGAUAUUCAAUCAACACCCUCAAGCUCCCUAUCCAGGUUGCAUGGCAUCCAUGGUAUUCUGGAAAUGAGGUUGGAGGAUAUGUGGUGAAAUACAAAGGAGUGACAUUUGUGACAGUAAGAGGAGCAGGACAUACGGUUCCAAGCUGGCAACCAGCUCGGGCUCUGAUCUUGAUCUUAUCAUUCCUCUAUGAAAGCCUGCCUCCUGCUUCACCGUGGAUAGGGUUCUAA